ACUAUCUGACAGAGAACAAAAAAAAUUGCAAUUAAAAUAAUAGUAUAACUGUGUCGUUGUCAUGCAAAUUUAAUUUUUAAGUGUGAUCUACAAAAGUGAACAACAUUCCGCGUUUGUGAUAAACUUCAGUGCUUCAAAAUGGUGGGCCAUUCAAACAUGUUUUCGUUUAUCAACAAGCAACAAGAUGGAAAGAAACCAGAAAUCUAUACUACAGUACUUGAAGGCUUAAAAACGAUUUACAGAGAAAAAUUGCUACCAGUGGAACAACUAUACAAUUUUCACGAUUUCCAUUCGCCCCAACUAGAGGACAACGAUUUCGAUUCCAUCCCCAUGAUACUUUUGGUUGGUCAAUAUUCCACUGGCAAAACGACAUUUAUAAAGUUUUUACUGGAAAGGGAGUUCCCAGGCAUGAGGGUAGGACCAGAACCAACAACUGACAGAUUUGUUGCUGUCAUGUAUGAUAAAAAUGAGGGCAUGAUUCCUGGUAAUGCAUUGAUUGUGGAUCCUAAAAGACAAUUUAAACCUUUGGCCAAAUUUGGUAAUUCAUUUCUGAAUCGUUUCCAAUGCUCCUUGGUAAAUUCUCCCGUGCUGAGAAACAUGACUAUCAUCGACACACCUGGUAUAUUAUCUGGUGAGAAGCAACGUAUCGAUCGAGGAUACGAUUUCAUCGGUGUACUGGAAUGGUUUGCGGAAAGAGUUGACAGAAUUAUAUUGCUGUUUGAUGCACAUAAACUAGAUAUUUCCGAUGAGUUCAGGAGAGCAAUAGAAGCACUUAGGGGACACGAUGAUAAAAUUAGGAUUGUCCUAAAUAAAGCUGAUAUGAUAGACAGCAAUCAAUUGUUGAGAGUUUAUGGGGCUAUGAUGUGGUCUUUGGGAAAAGUACUACGAUAUCCAGAAGUAUCGCGGGUUUACAUUGGUUCAUUUUGGGAUCAGCCACUGCAGUUUGAUUGUAACCGCAAGUUAUUUGAAGAAGAGGAACAAAAUCUUUUCAGAGAUUUGCAAUCUUUACCCAGAAAUACUGUGUUGAGAAGACUGAACGACCUAAUAAAACGUGCUAGGAUGGCAAAAGUUCAUGCAUAUAUUAUUUCUGAAUUAAAAAAGGACAUGCCUAUAGUUUUCAGGAAAGACUCUAAAAAAACACAUCUCAUUAAACAUUUAAGUGAUGUUUUUGUUCGAAUUCAACGUCAGUAUAUGUUUCCUGCUGGUGAUUUUCCUGACAUAACAAAAAUGCAGAGCAUUCUUAUUCACCAAGAUUUUAAUAAAUUUCCGACUCUUAAUAAGAAGUUAAUUGACAAUCUUGAUGACACCUUGAACUAUGAUAUAUCCUCUUUAAUGUCGAAAUUCAGCCUGGAACUUGAUGAUUCGCAUAAAAUUGAGGGUGGAGCUUUCGCACGAGUCACAUCGGUAGAAUCACCGUUUGGAUAUAUGCGAGGUGAAGGUGUGGAUGCUGGGUCCGGUGAAACUGAAUGGGUAGUUAGUAAGGAUAAGCUGCAAUAUGAUCAGAAAUUUAUUGAAAUGCAUCCGGUCGAUGGAAAAAUCACUGCCUCAGUUGCCAAGGAGGAGAUGAUUAGGUCGAAGUUACCUAAUUCAGUUUUGAGUAAGAUUUGGAAAUUGUCUGAUAUUGAUAAAGACGAUAUGUUGGACUCGGAGGAAUUCGCAUUGGCCAUGCAUCUCAUCAAGAUAAAAGUUGAAGGAAAUGAUUUACCAGCGGAAUUACCUGCACAUCUAGUGCCUCCAUCGAGAAGAAUUCAAUAAAUGAAAAUUAUAUAUUAUUAAACAGUGUACAAGAGAUUACAUUAUAAAAUUUUUGUAAAGAAUAUUCAAAUAAAUAUACAUAUUUAUAAAUU